AUGGAAGGUCUCAACCGCGAGUUCAACGGCGAGCCUGUAAAGGAACUAUCGACCCACGAAGCUCCGUUGCGAAAGCGUCCUGGAGACCUCCCACUAAACGAGCACUUUGAGAUGCUCUGGCAGCCAACAGAUCGAUCAACGCAGUCUUGUAGCCGAGGGCUGUCAAGCAUUGACGCACGCGGGUCUUUGUCCGCAUUGCAUAACCGUGGAAAUGUCGAGAAUGUCGGCAGCCAACAUCUAAGGCCAUCACAAUCGCGAGACGACUUGGUCCUUUCCCAGCUGCAACGGAGCAAAGAGAAGGAGCUGGAGCAGAGGUAUCAGCGGGAAAUGGAUGAGCUACGGGCUCAGCUUCGAGAAGCCAACCAUCGUGCCAAGCAGGCAGAGCGCGCAGUUGAUCAACUGGCACGAGAACUCGCCGUCAAAUCCAACGAGAUAACAGCCACCGUUGGCGGUAACUUGGCGGAAAUGAUUGACGCUCUGAAGACAGAGAACAAGGGCCUCAAGAGAGAGCUCGACGAAGCACGAUCCCACAUCUUCAGCCUCCAGCCCUACCGGAAGGACCUGACGCCGAAGGAGGUUGGCCAGGACUUUGAUGACCUAGUACAUGGCAUUACCGACUGGAUCUCAAGCUUCAUGGAUCCAAUCCUUGAUGACGAAAACAAGAGAAACGGCGUCGUGGAGGCGGCUAAGAAACGGCCAGCAGACAUUCAAAAGCUGAGAAUGUAUCUGCGCAGCGAAGCCGAUUUGGCCUAUGGGUGUAUGUUCCCCGAGACAGACGUCGACAUCCUGAUUGCGGUUACGAUGCGCUGGCUGCAAGACCAAAUCUUCCAGAGGAUCCUCUUCGGUCUGGUCCCUGAGGCCGUCGAGAUCAUCAGUUUCGUGGAGGGGUCGAUGCAGACCAACGUAGAACCCAAACGAGACCUCUUCGCGCUGCGCACAUGGAGGGCCGAGGCGCUCAACGCCCUCAUCUGUUCACCUGACUAUCAGCAAGCACGACUUGGACGAAUCCGAGAACUGACAGCCGACGUCGCAUCCCUGUUCAAAGUGUUCAACCACGACAAAGACUGGAACAGGCUCUGCCAUGCGUGCCAAGAGAGCAUCAUCAAGCCCGCUUUGAAGCUCCAUGAAAAACUGAUGACCUCGACGCAUCACUUCUACCUCGACCUGAACCCAUAUAUCGUGUGGAACAGCCAGCAAGAGCUCGAGAUGAGCCCGGAGUUCCUGCAGGACCUGCCCAAGCUCAAGUGCGAGAACAUUCUGCAGAACCGCAGGCCGUUCGGCGUAGCCAAGCUGGAGCCCCGGCCGAGCAAACAGCAACUAUACAAAGAGCUACUCAACGUCGCCACGGUCGUGCCGGCGCUGUACAUGAGGAAGGUUGGCAAGGGUGACAAUAUCAAGGAGCCCACAGUGGUGAGGAUGCAGCACGUCUUGGUCGCCUGGGGACCGGAGGAAAAGAGGAAGAGGUUCUUGGCCAACGGGGAGCGCACCCUGUUGCACCAGUUGUGCUUCACACGGCGCAACAGGCAGGAGCGAGCACAGGAGGGAGACGGCUGA